AUGGCUCCUCCGACUUUCCUGGUUGAUGAGCCAGCUUACAAGCUGUAUCUCGAAAAAGGAGCUGCUGGAAGUCUUGUUUACCCUGCUUAUGACCUGGAUGACAAUGGCGAUAUCAUCGUCAUACCUGGCGAGGCAUUCUGCCGGGUUGACGAUUGUAUUGUGGCUAAGUCCUCGAGGGACACGCGUAACCUCCGCGCUCAUAUUACCAAGGCCCACGGGCUAUCGGUCUCAAAGAGCCAAACAGGCAAUAUCUCACUACCUAAUCGCCAGGCUUCCCGAGACUGGUUCCGUACCCUGAUGAGAAACGAUGAGUCCGAGGAAGAAGAGGAAGAGCAACAGCAGGAAGAAGAAGAGGAGGAGGAGGAGGCAAAGCCGCCGAUUCCGUUGACUGCAACUCGCAGGGUCUCUAAGGUCAAAACCCGUCUAGCGCUUAUCCAAGCUGGCCAUGCUACUCUACAUGAUUUUCCUUGCCCUGGAUGCCAGGACUCUAGCUCUGCUAACAACUGCCCUGCUAACCCUCAUAUCUGUGACUUUCACCAACACUUUAAUGUCAGUGAUUGUAUUAGCUAUCAGUAA